AGGCCUGUAGUACCUGUGCACGACCUCGGCCCCCGCGAACAUGGCCAGCAUGCUGGCCGCCAGCGCCCGCAGGUACCUGGGCCAGGGCACGCCGGCGGGCAUGGCUGCGGGGGCGGGCCCUGCGCACGGGCCGCGCCGGACGUGCGUCAUCCCCGCCGCCGCCGGGCGGGGGAAGGGAACGGGGAAGAGGGAAGAGGGUGCGGAGGCCCGCCCUCAGCGGGGAGCAUCGCGCCAGGCGGGAUACUACGCAUAUCUUCAGCAAGCUCAAGCGUUUUACUCGUUCCCCUUCCAUCAGAUGAUGACUGCAGUGCCCAAUAUGGAAAUGAUGACUGAGCAGCCGACUCUAGAGAGCAUUCCAGAGCCAAACGUUGCUCAGGAGCUUCCGAAAGAAGUUAAAAAAGGGGGAAGGAAAAGAAAAGCCAAAGCAACUGAGCCAAAGCAACCCAAAAAGCCUGCUGCUAAAAAAGAAAAACCAGCCAAGUCAAAAGGCAAACAAGAAAAGAUCACAGACACUUUUAAAGUCAAAAGAAAAGUGGACCGUUUUAAUGGUGUAUCUGAAGCUGAACUUCUGACCAAGACUUUGCCUGAUAUUUUGACCUUUGAUCUGGACAUUGUGAUAAUUGGCAUAAACCCUGGCCUGAUGGCAGCUUACAAAGGACAUCAUUACCCAGGACCUGGAAACCAUUUUUGGAAGUGUCUGUUCAUGUCUGGUCUAAGUAAUGAACAGCUGAACCACAUGGAUGACCACACCUUGCCACAUAAAUAUGGAAUUGGAUUUACAAACAUGGUUGAAAGGACAACACCUGGAAGCAAAGACCUCUCCAGCAAAGAGUUUCGGGAAGGAGGGCGAAUUCUGAUGCAGAAGCUACAAAAGUAUAAACCUCGUAUAGCAGCUUUUAAUGGAAAAUGUAUUUAUGAAAUUUUUAGUAAAGAAGUUUUUGGAAUUAAAGUUAAGAACUUGGAAUUUGGGCUGCAGCCACACAAAGUGCCAGAUACAGAAACUCUCUGCUACGUUAUGCCAUCGUCCAGUGCAAGAUGUGCUCAGUUUCCUCGAGCCCAAGAUAAAGUUCAUUAUUACAUUAAGCUGAAAGACUUAAGGGAUCAACUGAAAGGCAUUGCACCCAACACAGAGGUCCAGGAGGUGCAGUACACCUUUGACUUGCAACUUGCACAAGAGGAUGCUAAAAAGAUGGCUGUCAAAGAGGAAAAGUAUGACCCAGGCUAUGAAGCAGCAUAUGGAGGAGCUUACUGUGACCGUGCACCAUAUGACACUGACCAGUGCAGCUUGUCUUCAAAUGGAACUGCAGGAAGCAAUCCAAAGUACUGCGAGGGGUCGUCCUUCGGUGAAGUUCCUAACGGACAGUGGAUGACACAGUCCUUUGCAGACCAGAUUCCAGAGUUCAAUGCUGGCAUGACACAGGAGGAGGAGGGAAGCAGUGUGUAGGAGCUGUUCCUUCUCGACUAUGCACACAUGCUGCAGUUUUAAUGCAGUCAUCAAGACUGGUACCUCAGUUCUCCAACUGAAGCAUCUGAAUAGUAUUUUACCUCCCCUAGUUAUUUUAUUAUAGUCCAAAGUAAGUGUGUGGUAGGCUGAAAUUGAUGAACUAGAUAAUUUUAAGGAACUGUCCAAACUUUUUUUAAAAAAGUUAGCCUUUUUUUGUAUAUGAGUUUUAUAUUUAAUGUAUACCAUUUCUUGCAGUUUUUGACAAAUUGCUUUCUCAUUUGUGAAGAUUUCUUUGGGGCGUUAAUUUUAUUCCAUAAAUGGUAACAUGGUAGGAACAGCAGCACUAUACUUUUUACUGAUGCCUCAAUGUUUGGAUCUCUCAUAAUACUUUUAUAUCCAGAGGGGAAAAUGGAAAGUGUACCCUCACCUUGUGUGAAGCGGUGUUUUUAAUCACACACAGUUUAGGAAAUUGUGUUUUUUAAGCCUGCCUUUUACUGUCUUAAAAAGUGUAGAAAGUUGUGUUCUGCAGCUGUGAGUGCUGUCUUCUGGGUGGGACAAGAGAGCUCUGUCUGUUCAGUGAGUGGACCAUAUUCAGGAAGAAGGGAGUGAAGACAUAAUCUCAAGUCACAACACUGGGGAGGAAAAUUUAUGUCACAUAGGACAGGGGCUAAAUAUUCUAACUAAGCUGUCUUAGGAUAAGGUUUCCCUACCACUCCAUCUCUUUCCCCCUUAAAUUCCAAUGUAAGGAAUUGGAAUUCCUUUUAAAAAAAUUUAGAAACAAACAGCAGUGGUAGGUCUUGAAUUCUGUGGCAUUUAAACUCCAUUAUUUCCAUUAAGUUAGUCCCUUCACCUGACCUUUUGCUGGAGAUAACCCCUUUGAACAUGACAGAGAAUUGAAAGACUGCAUUCUGUUUAAAAAUCAUGUACAGCUAAGUUAUUUAUAUCAUGUACCAUUAGCACAGGGUGAAAUAGAUUUGCAGUUUUUAACAUUAAGUACUCUUCAAUCUGUAGGACCUUAGAGGGUGUUCCCUUUAUUCUGCUUAAAAGUUAAAAACACUGAGUUGAAUAAGGGACAGCUGUUCCAUGAAGAAGCAGCUGUCUGUUAAAACUGUAACUCUCUUCUGAGGAACUUGCCUAAAUGAUACACAUUUUUGGUCAAUAUUAGUGACUGAGAAAAAAAUGCGAUUCCAUCCUGGUGCCUAACUCUCAUCUUCUUUCCCUCUUUUAUAAUGUGAGGAAAAGAUGAAGUAAAAGCAAUAAGCUGAUCAAAACACUGAAGUUUUGAUGAUCUUAUGACAAUAGGUGCUUCACAUACUUGAAAACAAACAGUAUCUCCACACUCCAUGCCGGUCAGAGAUUCCUGUACCAGUGUGAUUUUUCCUCUCUUCACAGCUAGUGACAGUUGGCAAUUGUGUAUAACUGGUUAGUGUAGGUUCUAAUCCUGCUGUAACACCUCUUACACAGAUCACACACUGUCACCCUGUUGUGAGGCAGGCAUGAUGUUUACAGUUUCUUCCCAAAUCAUGUGGCUUAUUUCUGAGAAUCUUAAGUGAGUGUGCAUUAUGAUUCUGAUUGUGUUUAUUAGCUGCAGCAUAAAGCUGUUCCACAUAUUGUCAGAAAGGUAUAGGACUUGUCUUGUCUGUUUAUUUAAAGUAUACUGUAUCACAUAUUGCUGUUUACAUGGAUGUUUUCCUGCAGGUGCUCAAAGUAUCUUGCAUCAGGGAUUUGUUACAAUUCAGUUUUAUUUUUAACAAAAUUAGAAGCAUGAAAUUAGCACUGCUGGGUAUGUAGCAGAGUAGGAUGUAACUCCUGAAAAGCUAUCUUAUUUGAUUGGAAGGGAAAGGUCUCCUCCUUAAUGGACUCACCCACUUGGGUGUCUGGGUAUAAAAUACAGUUGAGUGUACAAUAUCCAUUCCACUAAAUACUGCAAUUCUGUGUCCUCCCUCAAAACUGGUGCUCUUUUUGUUACAGUGAUACAGAAGUUCUUAAUCUGUCUUAAAUCUAUUAAUGUUUCACAAUAAAAUCAGGAAUUGUACUGCAGUGUAUUGGAAUG